AUGCAAAGUAGUGGAGGGAUCUCGACCGACAUUUCAACAGAGAAAGCGGUGCAAGAAAAGCCAAAAGACAAAAUAAACGAUGUUACAAAGGAAGAUAAUUCUUCUGACUCCGAUGGUGAAGAAGAAAAAUCAGAUAAUUGCUGUUCGGACGAAGAGGAAGAAUAUAUUGAUCCAAAUGCAACGUUUACUAUAAGCGCAAAGGAUUACAUCGAGUUUUAUAAGUGGAAAGUUAAAAAUCAACAGAAAAAGAUGAAAUGUCCAUUACAAGGAUGCGGUAACUGCCAAAAUGUAAUGCCUCCGUUUACUCAGAAUGAUCCAAGGAAACCAUCGUUUGCUACAAUGCCUCCUCCACCGCCAUUAUUAUCUGAUCUUCCUCCACAAGGCCCUCGCGGACCUCCACCACCAGGAUUCGGCCAAAUGCCGCCUCCACAAUACGGAUAUAUGCCUUAUCCGUCUCCAAUGUGGGGAAGACCGUAUCCACCGCCAUACUACCCACCUCAAAACUGGUAUCCUAGUCCUAGUUGGGGAUAUUUUUACUAA